UUUUGGUUAUGUAUUAAUAUUUUAUUUUAAAUAUAAACCCGGUCCAAUUUCUGAAAAUCCUAACUCUGGUAAUUUCUAGGGUUUGACUUCUCUCUCUCUCGAUCUUCCAAUCCAAUAACAAUUGAAAUCGAUAAGGGUUACGGUUUUCCGUUCACAGGCAAAUAAUCAAAGAUGCCACAAAGGCACUCCAAGAACAACAACGAUUUAGCCUUCUUCACGUACGAUGAGAAGAGGCAGCUAGGGUACGGGACGCAAAAGGAGAGAUUGGGGAAAGACUCGAUUAAACCAUUCGAUGCUUGCUGCCUUUGCUUGAAGCCUUUCAUCGAUCCUAUGUCUUGCCAAAAAGGUCACGUCUUUUGCAAAGAAUGCAUUCUCGAAUGCCUUUUAGCCCAGAGAAAAGACAUCCAAAGGAAGCUUGCUGCCCACGCUGCUCAGCAGAAGCAAGAGAAGGAAGAGCAGGAGGAGAGGUUGAUGUUGCAGAAAUCUAGAGAGCUUGAUGCAUUUGAUCAGCAAAACCAUGGUGCUGUGCCACAAUACAAUGACAGAAACCACAGCACGGACAAGAAUGGGUUCCAUGGGGCAAAUAGUGUGAAGGCCACUUCUUAUGAAGCGGAAGCACUCCGGACAAUGAAAGCAUUCUGGCUUCCCUCUGCCACUCCAGAAGCACCUGUUAAAGUCGAGGCUCCUUCCACCGGUACAAUCUGUCCAGAAGGUAAAGAAAAACUCAAGCUGAAGAGCCUUUUUCCUAUCUACUUCUCUGAAGAUAACAGUGAACAGAAGAAAUCCAAUUCUCUUGAUAAGACUUACAUUUGUCCGAGCUGCAAGGUGACUCUGACAAACGCAUUAUCAUUGGUAGCCCUUAGCUCCUGUGGACAUGUCUUUUGCAAGAAAUGUGCUGACAGGUUUAUGGCUGUCGAUAAAGUUUGUUUGGUCUGUGAUAAGGCAUGCAAAGAGAGGAAUUUGGUGACCUUGGUAAAAGGAGGGACAGGCUUUGCUGGCCACGGGGAUCAUCUUGAAGCCACUGAUUUCAAGCAUUUGGGAAGUGGUAGUGGCUUGGGGCUUGUGAGACCUGCCGCGAAGACAUAAACUUUCUUUUUUACCUCUUUGUAGGUCUGUUUGUUUGCCUCUCCAUCGAAGAAAAGUGAAACAAGAAAGGGAAAAGAGAUGCAACGAGUUUCAUCUGCUUUAUACCUUUCGGAUUCAAUAUCUUUGCACAUCAUUCUAUUCUGUACUUCUGGUAUGAAUUUGUUUAAUUUUAUUCUAAAAUAGCAAUGGCAAUAUCGUUUUUUUU